AUGCUCAAUGUAUAUGCUUCAUCCGAAUCUAUGCUUCAAAUUGAAGUUAUUUCACCUGAAAUACGUGGUAUUGGUUCAAAAUGGUAUGUUGAUUAUACAAUUAAAAUGAAAACAACAUUACCAAUAUUCAAUCAAGCCGAAUCAAUUGUUCAUCGAUUUUAUUCUACUUUUGAAUGGUUACAUAAAGAGUUAGAACAUGCUGAUAUACAAAAAUAG